AUAUAAAAGAAAGUUGCGACGCGCAUCAACGGGAGAGUGUUAUUCACUUCGAAAUAGACUAAACUAAUCUGCAAGCGAUUUUGACGUAGGAUUUUGUGUUGUGUGCAUCGUUAACAUCUGUUCGUGUGUUAAUUACUUUCCGUGAGUGUUAUACAAAAUGGGCAAAGAUUACUACAAGAUAUUAGGAAUUGCCAAGGAUGCGAAUGAUGACGAGAUCAAAAAGGCCUAUAGAAAAUUGGCUCUUAAGUACCAUCCGGAUAAGAAUAAAUCACCUGGAGCAGAAGAGAAGUUUAAGGAAGUGGCUGAAGCUUAUGAAGUGCUUUCGGACAAGAAAAAGCGUGAUAUUUAUGAUACUUAUGGCGAAAAAGGAUUGAAGGGUGGUGCGGGAGCAGCAGGUGGCGGCAAUGGAGAUGCAAACAACUUCUCCUAUACUUAUCAUGGCGAUCCGCGGGCGACAUUUGCUCAAUUUUUCGGAAAUUCAAGUCCAUUCUCUGCGUUCUUUGAUUUUGGCAACAAUGGAAGAAUGUUUGGGAUGCACGAGGAUGAUAUGGAUGUUGAUGAUCCAUUUUCUGGUCCUUACGCUAUGGGCCCUGGUGGCCCACGUGCUGGUCCAGGGGGGGCAUUUAGAAGCCAUUCCUUUAACUUCCAAAGCCCUAACAGAAACAAAGAUAAAAUUCAGGACCCAGCUAUAGAGCAUGAUCUGUAUGUCUCACUGGAUGAUAUCACCAAGGGAUGUGUCAAGAAGAUGAAAAUUAGCAGGAGAGUAUUACAACCAGACGGAACAACAAAGAAAGAAGAUAAGGUGUUAACCAUCAAUGUGAAACCAGGAUGGAAAGCUGGAACAAAAAUUACAUUCCAAAAGGAAGGUGAUCAAAGUAGAAAUAAAAUUCCUGCAGACAUUGUUUUCAUUAUUCGUGAUAAACCCCAUUCUCUCUUCAAACGUGAAGGAAGUGAUAUCAGAUACACAGCAAAGAUUUCACUUAAACAGGCUUUGUGUGGGUGUACAGUGGAAGUUCCAACAAUGUCUGGUAAAACAAUUCCUUUACAUUAUACCAAUGAAGUGAUAAAACCAAACACAGUGAGACGCAUCCAAGGUUAUGGAUUACCGCUGCCCAAGGAACCAUCACGUCGGGGUGACCUAAUUGUUAAUUUUGACAUCAAAUUUCCUGAACAACUGUCUCAAUCGGUUAAAGAUAUUUUGUAUGAUACUUUACCAAAUUAACUGAAACUGGAGUAUAUUUAUUAAUUUAAAUUGUGUGAAUGGUGUUGUACGUUUUAGUACAAGUGUGGGAGGUGUAAAAUUUUAUAAUUUUGUUUGUUAAUUCAGAAUAAUUGUUUAGAGUUUAUUAUUACUUUAGGUUUAGUUAAAUCCGCCCAAUUCAGGUGGAUACUAUUUAUAUUCAUAAAUCAAUAUGGGCAAACUAUUAAGGUAAAGAUUUGUUACUUUACAAGAACUGUUUACAACUGGUCUGAAAUAUAGUUCAAUAAAUUAUUUUUUAUGUAAA